UCCCCGCCGUCACAGCGUCGACGCCUCGACUAACGGCCACGUCGUGGACGCCCUCGUCGUGGACGCCCUCGUCGACGGCCCCGUCAUGGCGCGACGGCGCCUCGUCUACCUGUCGCUGCUGGCCUUCGCCGUGGCCUUCGCCGUGGCCUUCGCCCCGGACGCGGCCUCGGCCGAGGGCCUGUACGGCGUCACGGGCCAGAAGUGCGACUUUGAGAACUCGACCAACCCCGGCUGCGGCUGGAAGUGGAAGCAGACCGAGCACGGCUUCCGCGUCGUCACCGGCCAGGAGAUCGCCUCGCUGCAGCAGAACGUCAAGGGGCUCAGCGGGCCCACCAUGGACGCCAACAACAACACGCAGGGCCACUUCCUGUUCCUGAACGUGCAGCCCAACUCGUCGGAGCCGCUGCACCUGACCAGCCCACUGUACACCUUCUCCAACGGCGUGUGCAAGCUGCAGCUGUCCCUGCACACUGCCAACGUGUCCAGCAACGCGAGCGACCCCGCCGGUCUGGCGGGCCAGGCCGGCCACUCGGCCAACGGCACCAUCGCGGUCUUCGCGGAGAGUCCGCAAGGCAACGGGUCCUACGUCCGCUGGGUGUUCAAGCAGAACGUCGCCAACACGGAGAACGCGUGGCAGCAGCACACCAUCUUCAUCGGGCGCGUGCUGCAGACCAUCCGCAUCGUCAUCGAGAUCGCCAACAACAGCCAGCGCUCCGGCCACGUGGCCAUCGACAACCUGCAGCUCGUCAAGUGCUUCCACGGGAACCGGCUGAAGACGGGCGAGCAGUGCAGCACGCCCUCCAACUUCCACUGCCCCACCGGGUCCGGGGAGACGGACCAGUGCCUGGCCCACUCCCACGUGUGUGACCUCGUCAAGGACUGCCCCAACGGCGAGGACGAGGACGACGAACAGGACUGCCUGAAGGUGCCCCGCGGCGCGCGCUGCGACUUCCAGGACGGCAUGUGCGGCUGGAACGCGUCGACGCCGCACCGCGCAGUGCAGUGGAAGCGCCUCAACGGGUCCACGCCCGGCUACAAGGGCGCCAAGGACCACACCUACGGCAACGACACCGGCAUGUACCUCUACGUCGACACCACCAACGGCGAGCUGGGCCAGGAGGCCCUGCUGGACAGCGCCGUGUUCAACCCGCCGCCGCCGUGCCACCGCAACGAGACGGCCAAGAAGUGCUACAAGUCUUGCGAGUUCCGGUUCUUCUACCACCAGUACGGCCAGCACGGCGGCUCGCUGGCCGUCAGCGUCUUCGAGUUCUGGCCCAAGAACAAGCGCAAGCAGUACCAGGUGUUCUGGAAGUACGGCGACAAGAAGUCCACCUGGACGCAGGUGCUCAUCACCCUGCCGCCGCUCAAGUACAAGUACCAGAUCCACCUGGAGGCGCGCAGGGGCAUGCGCGCCGCGGACAUGGCCGUGGACGACAUCACGCUCAGCCCCGAGUGCUUCGGCAAGAGGCUGCCGCCGGAGGAAGUCGGCGACUAUGACUACGACAAACCGGAGCCCCCAGAGCCCGUUGAACCGGACAUGCAUCGCGACUUCAUCAACAAGACGAUGUACGUGUUCUCCACGUGCGGCGCCAAAGGCAUGGCGGGCCCCACGCAGGCGCAGUGUGCCGCCGCCUACAACGGCACCGCCACCAACGUGACCGUCUUGUCCGAGGCGCCGUACGCUGGCGUGCAGCGCUGGGUCGUGCCGGAGACGGAGGUGUACACGAUUAUUGCUCGCGGCGCCAGCGGCGGCAGCGGCUCCGAGGGCCAGGGCUGGAGCCUGGCGGCCGAGUCGCGCAUCGUCCUGGACCUCAACAGCGGCGACGUGCUCUACAUCCUGGUGGGGCAGGAGGGCACCAGCACCUGUCGCAAGGGCGACGACUCGAACGGAGAGUGCCGCAGCUUCUUCAACGCGCCGUCCGACCCGCGCGACGUGCGCAAGCAGCUCAUGUACGGCGUGGACAACACGACGGGCGGCGGCGGCGGCGGCGGCGCCUCCUUCGUGUUCAGGCGAGUCAAGAGCGCGGGCCGGGCCCCGCAGCCGCUGGUGGUGGCGGCGGGCGGCGGCGGCCUGGGCAACAUCGGCCAGGAGCGGCACGGCGCGGACGACGAGCGGCAGCACGGCCACGGCGUCAACGAGUCGCGGACCGCCUCGGCCGGCGUGGGCUUCGGCGCCAGGCCCGCGGGCCCCGGCGGCGGCUGGCUGGCCUCCAACGUGUCGGACCGCGCCGGGCUGUCGCUGCUGCAGGGCGCGCUGGGCGGCCGCGGCUGCAAGAACAGCUCGUCCGGCAAGGGCGACGGCGGCUUCGGGGGCGGCGGCGGAGGCUGCGCCGCGGGGGGCGGCGGGGGCGGCUACUCCGGCGGCAACGCGUGGACGGAGCGCUACUACCACGGCGAGGGCGGCUACUCCGCCGUGCUGGAGGGCACGCUGCGCCAGGCCACGCCCGGCCUGCACGAGGGCAGCGGCAGGGUCGUCAUCAUCCCCGGGCUGGCGGGCUGCGACUGCGCCUACCGCUGCGCCGCGCUCAACGAGAAGCGCUCCCGCGUCGAGUGCGUGUGCCCGCCCGAGUGGAGGGUCAACGGCAACCUCUGCAAGCCCGAGGGCACGAGCAUCUACCACUACAUCAUCCCCGUGCUGGUGGGCGUCCUGGUGGUCAUGGUCAUCAUGAUGUGCGGCUGCGCGCUGUACACCUACAACAAGUUCCAGAGGCGCAAGGAGAUGCACCUUCGGCGCAAAGGGCCGACGGGCGCCGACCUCCAGCUGCGCAACCUGCGCAACGACCUGAUGACGGAGACCAACCCCAACUACGAGUUCGCCGGCGAGCGCUACACGCUGCGCGACCUCAAGGAGGUGCCCCGGGAGCACCUGCGCCUGCUCCGGGCGCUGGGCCAGGGCGCCUUCGGCGAGGUGUACGAGGGCCUGUACAAGAUGCGGCCCGGUGACGCGGUGGAGAUGCCCGUGGCUGUCAAGACUCUGCCCGAGCUGUCCACGCUCCAGGCCGAGAACGACUUCAUGCUGGAGGCGCUCAUCAUGGGCAAGUUCAACCACCCCAACAUCGUCCACCUGAUCGGCGUGUGCUUCGACAAGCACCCCCGGUACAUCGUGCUGGAACUGCUGUCCGGCGGCGACCUCAAGACGUUCCUGCGCGAGUCGCGGCCCCGGCCGGACCGGCCGGGAUCGCUGUGCAUGAAGGACUUGCUGGCGUGCUGCGUGGACGUGGCCAAGGGCUGCAAGUACCUCGAGGAGAACCGCUUCAUCCACCGCGACAUCGCGGCCAGGAACUGCCUGCUCACGGCCAAGACCCCCGGGCGCAUCGUCAAGAUCGCCGACUUCGGCAUGGCCAGAGAAGUGUACAUGUCGGAUUACUACCGGAAGGGAGGCAAGGCCAUGCUGCCGAUCAAGUGGAUGCCCCCCGAGGCCUUCCUCGACGGCAUCUUCACGGUCAAAACGGACGUCUGGUCCUACGGCGUGCUGCUGUGGGAGGUGAUGUCACUCGGAUACAUGCCGUACACGGGGUGCGCCAACCGCAACGUCAUGUCGCUGGUGGUGUCCGGGGGCCGGCUGGAGCCGCCGCCCAACUGCCCGCAGCCCGUCUACUCCAUCAUGACGUCCUGCUGGCACCCGGAGCCCCACAAGCGGCCCGAGUUCGCCACCAUCCUGGAGAAGCUGCUGGAGUGCCUCCAGGACCCGGAGAUAUUGUCCACGCCCCUUCGGCCUAUGAUAGGGCUGAGUGAGUCGGGCCUGCGCAUUAGGUAUAACCAUGACUUUGAGGCGAUGGCGAAGUCGAUUGCCCUAGUGCACGGCUGGCUAGAAGACUCCAAGGUCUGCUCCACCGACCCGGACGCGAUGCCGCCCUCGUUUAGCGUGGCGCCGUCGGCGUCCUCCGACUCGGCGGACAUGACGUCGGCCACGGGGCUGACCGUCGCGGAGCUGGACCGCCUGGAGCGCCUGGAGCGCUCGGCCGACUACCUGGUGCCCAUGCACACGGUGCCCGUCGGCAGCACCUCCCCGACGACGGGGCUGCCCCCCGCGCCGCCCCCGCCGCACCGACCGCCCCCGGGGCCGGCCCCCGGGGACGUCUGGAUGCCCGGCCACACGCCCACCCGCUCCCGGUCCAAGCAGCCGCUGCUGCAGGGAGACAGUUCCAGCUCCAGCCUGGGCAGCCUGCUGGGCAUCGACAAGGCCAUGCUGACGGGCAUGCCCACCCAGCACAGCCAGCACAGCCAGCACAGCCAGCAGCGCAACGGGCCGCUGCCCAACGGCAAGGACGUCGUCAAGGACGUCGUCAAGGACGUCGUCAAGGACGCCGGCAAGGACGCCGUCAAGAACCCCAACCCGCUGACGCUGGACGCGUCCCUGCUGGGGAAGACCUACGGCGUGGGCAAAUAUCGGACGGACGGGGAUGGUGCGCCGGCCCCGGCCCCGCUGCCCGUGGACUCGGAAAUCUCCUGUUGAAAUCCGACAGAACAGUGAAGAUUCCUUUAUCAGACUCUGUAGGGCGCGUCCGCUGGGCGCGCGAUGGCGCAUUCCAUUUCGGUAUGAAUUUAUAAAUUGUUUUUGAACGUGUGUGGGUGAAGAAGAUCGGCCGGUUCCGGUACUUAACGUUAUUCUAUACUAAGUCUAUAAUUUCUUCUAUGGUUGUGAAAUCUAGUCUCCCAAUUUCUGCCGCUCUAUCGCUGUUUGUUUCCUCAACGUGAAUACAGAAUGGUAGUCGCGAGAGAAACUGACAAAAAAAAGCAGCAUGUGCGUUUUUGUUGAUUUUUUUUAGAUACAAUUAAUUGCCUAAGAUAAUUUGUGAAAAGAGUAUGGUGAAAUUAUGUAUAAAUGAAUCAGCUUACGGUAAUAAAUUGAGUGUAAUUAACAUAGUACCUGAAGAACUAUUGCUGUAGAAAUAAAUAAGUUAUACUUAGUCAGAAAUUCAUUUUAUAUUGUACGUCCAUUUAAUACUCCGACUUUGCUGGCUACAUGUUAUUUUCAUGGUGAACAGAUAUAUUAAAUUUUACUUUGACUGUUGUGGGUGGUUCUGUGGCGCUUGAGAAGUGUGUUAAUGUCACUUCACAUGUGAGUGCAUUUGUUCAAGUUCUCUGAUUGUUUCUGAUAUAUCUCUUUGAUGUCGCUCUUAUCACAAAAUGCUAGCACCCCAUGUAAGAUUUUCAUCGUCCUUUACCAAUUUUAAUGAGCUUGUGUGGAAAAAUUAAUUUGUCUCCAAAGGCGCUAUGGGCUGAAACUCCAUUCUAGGACGCCAUUGAUGGUCCGGUUGUGUUAGUAGGCUUUUCCAACUCAGUCACUUAUCAACAAACUGCACAAGUGGUAAGCCACGUAUUUUUUCUAUUCUCUCAAACAUAUUUCAAUAUUUUUUCUUUUAAAUAAAGGUUUGGGCACUUGAUGUCUAAGGUUUCAUGACGCAAGAUCUGUAAUGCCUUCAGAUUAGCCCUAAUCUCAUCCAGUCUUGCGAUAUUGUACAAUAAUUCGAUCGGUUAAUAAACUUGCAUCUCUAAGAAAAUGCGCUGUAAGUCUGUAAGUUGGCUGACCAAGCCAAGAAACAGGAGCUAACUUCUUUUUCUUUUUAGCAAAUGCAAAUAAUUAUUAUUUUGAUUUUCUUGCAAUGGGCGCUAAGAGAUUUGUAGGGGGUAUGUACAGUGGAGUAACAGGGUCCUUCUUUUCCAAAAGAAGAGAAUAUUAUAGAAACAGAUUUUAGGAUUUCAUGGGAGGAGCAAAGUGAAGAAGACUGGAUGCCAUGAUGAUGUAAGAGAGCAAGCUAGAGUAAGGGUAGGGCUUAUGCUCAAAUUUUGUCUCAAUUGUGUUGCGUCUAAAAAUGAAAGAACAAGUGUUUAAGUUAAACUCUAUUGUGAAAGCAAUUCACUUUCUUUUUUGAGUGGGAACUGGGCUUAUUAGUAACAUUUAAGUUUUUUAACAAUUUUACCUGUCCAGCAAUCUGAACAAGCAUCAGCUAAAAACUUGAACUUAUUGUUGUGUCAUCAUAACAGGUGAUAGGAGAUCUCCUCAACAGACUUUUGUUACACUUCUAAGUAGCAGCGAUUCUGUAAAUCUAGCAUUUUAGCACUCAAUCGAAAAAUCAACUUCUCCGUUCUCUUUCUUUUCAUAUUUUAAUCUCAAGUUUAAAUUUCUUGUUGAAGUCGAAGCUGACAGUGGUUCUCUUGUAGAAGAACUCAUAAGUCCUUUUGUGUUAUUCCAUCUGCACACUUCGAUCGACACCCCUCUCAUUAUACAACCACCUUCCAAUUCUUAUGAAAGAUCGUUUUGUUUUUAAUGAAAAUGUACCACUUUUAGUCAGUGAGGAGGUUUUGUAGCGGAGCACAUGACCUAAAUUAAUUUGUCCCUUCCCUAAAAGAGGCAUUUGGUGUUUCAUUCGGUUUUCUUAUUAAUGAGGAUUCAUAUUUUUUUUCUUAACUCCACCAACCACCAUCAAAUAAGUGUUGUUUACUAUUUUUUAGAAUACUCCUUUCAUCUCUGCAUUAAACAAUGAGGACGAGUAGAUAUUAAGGAAUAUUUAGUACAAGUACACAAGUAAAAAAGACAAGCUCUGUUGAACUUCUGGUCUUUCAGCUGGUUUAAAAAGAUGUGUCACAGCCAUAACUGACAGUGGGGUCCAAAGGCUGUACAACUCCACAAGCACAGCUCCUACCCCUAUUUCCUGCACCCCCAUGUUGCCGAAAGGUUUUACUUCUCUUUUCCAUAAGUGUGAAAUAAAAAAAACCCAUCAGAUAAAACUAAUAUCCUGUACAUAAAUAAUUCAUGAACACAGCUGGAACAUAAAGAGAAUCACCUCAAUGUGAUGUUUGACGUUUAUAUUAUAACAAUAUAGAGAUUUAGUGUUUUCUAGACUUGAGCUUUCAGUAGAAAAUGUGUGGCUUUAAUUACUGAGAAACAACUGGCAUGACCUUUGCUUCACUCGACCUUAUCUGUUUUUCAUGCUCCUGUUUUCCUUAUUACUUGUAACAUACCUAAAUAUGAUGAAUAAGAGAUUAGAAGAUGUUUGAUGGACAUAAAAAGCAUUGAAUGUGGAAAAGCGAAACUUCUUACUAUUACUGUUAAUGUUUGCUUGGGUACAUUUUCUGGCGGCUUUACUGUUCAAAACUGUUGACUAGCUGCACACAUCGUAAAGGUGUGAAGUGCAAACUGAAAGAUAAGAUAUGUCCUGCACUUGCAUGAUAAGUCCAUAAUUUAAUAUUACAAGCAAAUUUCUGUACACAAAAGUGUCUGUGGAACUGGAUUGUCAUUCCACUACACUUUUUAAAAUGUUGACAGUAAGUAGUAGAAGUUAUUCAGGUUCAGAUUUGAAUUUUGGAAAGUACUUUAUAGAUAUGCAUGCACUGUAGAUCAACAUUCCACACAAGUUUGAAUGUUAUUUUUGUAAACUAAAUAGCUUUUCCUUAACAGUGCCAGCUCAAAGUAACAAAAUGUGUAAUGUUAAAGCUCUGUCUUAUUAAGUAUGCUUUGAAUAUUUUGUUCCCCAUUAUUUCAUAAUAAACUGCGUGUCUUUAUA